GCAAUGUCGAUAACUACGCGACGAAGAUAUGCGAGUUGUUUCGUGUCUCAGCUAAACAUUACUUAAUUUUUUGCUAAUAGUCGAAACACGAACAAUGCACAACAAAAUCUUACUUUUAAUUUAAAUUCUACAUUUGAAAUGAGAGUGAUGCACACUGCGCAUUGACAUUUUCGACACUGUGACUCCGUGUUACUCCUAAUGUUACUUAAAACAAUUAAGACUCGAGGUACAGACUGGUGACACACAACAAACGAAUUAAAUCGCUGUUCGUGCAUUGUAUGGUCAAAGAUGUUCACCGAAAUUUUAUCCGGAAUGGUAAACGAGAGUCAAGUGCCGAACGUAGUCGUCGAAGAUAGUAACUUUCGUUCAAAAAGCGUGGGAGUAGCGACGAAUUUGCUUUCUGUUCUUCAUGGCUAGUCUUAACUAGUGCUGUGUGCAUUUAACACGCUCGUCCGCGCGUUUGUGGUCCAUUCCAAUUGAAAAUGCGUGCCAGGAACAUUGGAUGCUGUGUUUUUUGGUGUCUGUUCCUAACCUACCACGUGGUUAGCGAGACCCUGCCAUCAAUAAACAAAGACGAUGCACUGGUGUAUACCGUCGCUACGAAUGAAACGGAUGGUUACAAAAGAUUCCUCAGAUCGAUCAACGUUUACGAAAUUCGUCACAAUUUGAGGGUUCUUGGUUUGGGGGAAGCUUGGCUCGGUGGCAAUGUAAAAACUAGCGCAGGGGGCGGAUAUAAAGUAAAUCUUCUGAAGAAGGCACUCGAAGACUACAAAGAUGAUGAUCAGAAGAUUAUUAUAUUUACAGACAGUUACGACGUAAUAUAUUUAAGCGGCUUGGCCGAGAUCAUCAACAGAUUCAAGAGCAUGAACGCUAGAGUUCUGUUCUCCGCAGAAGGAAACUGCUGGCCCGAUAAAUCGCUGGCUUCGAAAUAUCCACCCGCGAGCCGAGGGAAACGCUUUCUAAAUUCCGGUGGUUUCAUAGGCUACGCCUCGGACAUUUACGCGAUUUUAACGUACGCCCCGAUCAAGAACAAAGACGACGAUCAAUUGUUCUACACGUUGGCAUACCUCGACGAGAAAUUAAGGGAACGUCACGAGAUCAAGCUGGAUCACAAGUCUGAGAUAUUUCAGAAUCUCUAUGGUGCUGUAGCUGAUGUAGAAUUAAAAUUCGAGGGUGGCAAAGCCUCGCUUUUAAAUACUGUUUAUAAUACAGAACCAUUGAUACUCCAUGGAAAUGGUUACAGCAAGUUAUCGCUGAAUUCCUUAGGAAAUUAUUUGGCUCACGCGUGGAGCCCGGAAGAGGGAUGUAUAAUGUGCUGGGAAGGAAUGAUAGAAUUGGAUAAAGCAACGCCGAAGUCGUAUCCGAUUAUAUUAAUUGCUAUAUUUAUCGAACGGCCGACUCCUUUCUUGAACGAAUUUCUAGCAGCAAUAUAUCGGCAAGCUUAUCCAAAGUCGAAGUUACAUUUAUUUGUGCAUAAUACCGUGACGUAUCACGAAGAUGUAGUUGAUAAAUUUAUAAGCAAGGUCGGGAAGGAGUAUAUUAGCAGUAAACAAAUCUCUGCGAACGAUGCCAUGAACGAAGUUGAUGCAAGAAACUUAGCCAUGGACUAUUGCUUAUUAAAGGAGUGCUCUGGAUAUUUCUCCAUUGAUUCCGUUUCUCAUCUAGACAACGAACACGCUCUGAAGCUUCUAAUAGAACAGCAGCGAGACAUUAUCGCGCCAUUACUGGUCAGACCAUAUAAAAUGUGGAGCAAUUUCUGGGGGGCUAUAAUGGACGAUGGAUUCUAUGCUCGAAGUUUUGAUUAUAUAGAGAUGGUCAAAAACGAACGCAGGGGACUAUGGAACGUUCCAUUUAUUAGUAAUUGCUAUUUAAUUAAUGCAACACUAAUAAGGAACAAAAACACCCGUCCGUCUUAUUCAGAAGGCGAUUUGGACGCAGAUAUGGCUUUCGCUUACGCUAACAGAGAACGGUACAUCUUUAUGUACGUCACUAAUAGACUCGAUUUCGGGCAUCUCGUUAAUCCAGACAAUUAUGACAUCACGCUCACUCAUCCGGAUUUAUAUCAAAUUUUCGACAACAAACUGGACUGGGAGAAAAAGUACAUUCACGAAAAUUACUCGGAGAACUUUAAUCCGAAUCGGACACCAACGCAGCCUUGCCCAGAUGUUUACUGGUUCCCCAUAGUCAGCGAGAGAUUCACGAAGGAGUUGAUUGAUGUUAUGGAAGCGUACGGGAAAUGGUCGGAUGGAUCAAAUCAUGACCCGAGAUUAACGGGUGGUUAUGAAAACGUACCAACCCGUGAUAUACAUAUGAAUCAAGUAAAAUACGAGCCACAGUGGCUGUACUUUUUAAAGGAGUAUGUUAGACCACUUCAGGAACUUGUGUUCACCGGAUAUUAUCAUGAUCCACCACGGUCACUCAUGAAUUUCGUCGUAAGAUAUCGUCCAGAUGAACAACCAUCGUUGAAGCCACAUCAUGACAGUUCAACCUACACCAUCAACAUUGCUCUAAACAGGGCAGGAGUGGAUUACGAAGGUGGAGGUUGUCGAUUUAUCCGUUACAACUGUUCUGUUACGGAUACGAAACCAGGAUGGAUGUUGAUGCAUCCAGGAAGAUUAACUCAUUAUCACGAAGGACUGCGAGUAACCAGUGGGACAAGAUAUAUCAUGAUUUCAUUCGUCGAUCCCUAAUCGAUAUUAUGGACAUUAGGAACACGAUAACUGAACGCAUAGAGAAUGUUCAACUGACUUCUUAUACUUGUGAAUCUGUCACAUAGUAUUAUUAGUUUGAAACUUAAACUGCCGAUGCAAACAAAAUGUGCAUUUAAAAAAAGAUGAAGUUCUUGUAUCGAUGUUAUUUUUUUAAUGUAAGGAGAAUAUUCGAGGUAGUUAACUCUAAGUGUUUGUAUGGAAAUAAAAUGUUGAUUCACA